AUGUCAUACAACUGCUGCCUGCCCGCCAUGAGCUGCCGCACCAGCUGCUCCUCCCGGCCCUGCGUGCCUCCCAGCUGCCACGGCUGCACCCUGCCAGGGGCCUGCAACAUCCCCGCCAACGUGGGCAACUGCAAUUGGUUCUGCGAGGGCUCCUUCAAUGGCAAUGAGAAGGAGACCAUGCAGUUUCUCAAUGACCGCCUGGCCUCCUAUAUAGAGAAGGUGAGGCAGCUGGAGAGAGAGAAUGCAGAGCUGGAAAGCCAGAUCCAGCAGAGGAACCAGCAGCAGGACCCCCUGGUGUGCCCUGCCUACCAGUCUUACUUCAGGACCAUCGAGGAGCUGCAGCAGAAGAUUCUCUGCGGCAAGUCUGAGAACGCCAGGCUGGCGGUGAAGAUUGACAAUGCCAAGCUGGCAGCCGACGACUUCAGGACCAAGUAUCAGACGGAGCUGUCCCUGCGGCAGCUGGUGGAGGCUGACAUCAACGGCCUGCGCCGGAUCCUGGACGAGCUGACCCUCUGCAAGUCCGAUCUGGAGGCUCAGGUGGAGUCCCUGAAGGAAGAGCUGCUGUGUCUCAAGAAGAACCAUGAGGAGGAAGUCAACACCCUGCGCUGCCAGCUUGGAGACCGCCUCAACAUAGAGGUGGACGCUGCUCCCACCGUGGACCUGAACCGCGUGCUCAACGAGACCAGGUGUCAGUACGAGGCCCUGGUGGAAACCAACCGCCGGGAAGUGGAGGAAUGGUUCACCACACAGACUGAGGAGCUGAACAAGCAGGUGGUAUCCAGCUCUGAGCAGCUGCAGUCCUGCCAGGCAGAGAUCAUCGAGCUGAGACGCACGGUCAACGCCCUGGAGAUCGAGCUGCAGGCCCAGCACAACAUGAGAAACAGCCUGGAGAACACUCUGACUGAGAGCGAGGCUCGCUACAGCUCCCAGCUGGCCCAGGUGCAGUGCCUGAUCACCAACGUGGAAUCCCAGCUUGGGGAGAUCCGUGCUGACCUGGAGCGUCAGAACCAGGAGUACCAGGUGCUGCUGGACAUCCGGUCACGGCUGGAGUGCGAGAUCAACACAUACAGGAGCCUGCUGGAGAGUGAGGACUGCAAGCUCCCUUGCAAUCCCUGUGCCACAACCAACGCAUGUGACAAGCCCAUCGGGCCCUGUGUCUCUAACCCUUGUGUCACAAGAUCUUGGUGUGGCCCUUGCAACACUUUUGUGCGUUAGAGAUACCGUUGCCAGAAGGGGGACAAAGAUACCAGUCCCAACUUAACUCCAUCUCAUCCCAAGACCUCAGCGGACAAAGACAGACUGGCUCUCGGGGUCGGCUGCAGCCUGAAGCACAUUUCCUGCCUCGAUCCUGGAAGGAGAUACAAAGUCUGUCUUUUAAGGAGCCUAUGAUAGGAUCAAGUACUAUCUACUGACACAAAGCCAUAUUUGC